UUCGUUCGCAGAAUGAAAUGAACGGCGAGUUUUUUAGCUAAAUUUCCAAUCGUGAGUGAAAAAGAAUGGUCAAAAGAUAGGCGGAAAAGUUUGCUGCCGGCUGCGACAAACAUAUAACACCAAAGCGUCGAAAUAAACGCUCUUGAUCGCGACCAAAAUGUUGAACAACGUUUUCUGCCAACACAUACAUACACACGCACAUUGUGUAUGUACCAACGAUGUGGGUGUGGUGUGAAAAAAGUGAAGAAUACUAAGAAAAAUUCCACUGCAUACAGAAAAAUAAACAAAUACAAGAAGCAUAAAGUAUGCAGAAAAUUAAAUACAAAAGGAGCCACUGAGUGUUUCGUGUGAAAUCAAUUUGAAGACCGUCGUCGUCGCCGUACAUACUUUUCCGUUUCAAUUACACUACAAUGAAUAUUUGUUGAAACUUCGUUGCAUUUACAGACUGGUGUUUAAAAACAACAACAAGAAACGACAGAAAACAACAACAACAGCAGCCCUCAUACACACGAAGAACCAGAAGAAAAAACUAUAUAUAUCCACAUAUAUAUAAAUAGUAUCAUAUUUACAUUUAAAGGAAGCCGAACAGACGUAAACGUAACUUUUAUAUUACAAAGCACCAGUAAAAAUAAAUAACCAACUACACACGUUCCUUAAAAACAAAUGUUUUCCAAACCGCAAACCAACUAAAAACGAAAUGCUUUUGAAAUUAAUUUAAGCUAACUAAAUAUAAAAGGCAAAACCAACCAACAAACCGCAAAAUAAAAACGCGUGAUUAAAUUAAAUAAUUUAAAAACAUACCGAAAAUUCGGCAGGGAACCAAAAGCAAAACUCACGAUAAGCCCGGAAACCGAAAUUUCAUACUUUUUGUAUAAAAUAGUGCUAGCAAAAACCAAACGAGGGAAUCACCGGAACAUCUUUUUGGAGAAUCUCGCCUCAAUAUCUUAGAACCCGUGUCUCCGCAAAAUUGUUAAAUGUUCUUGGAUCGUUCGAUGUGGUCUUCGUUCAUUUGUAGCCAUCACUCUCAACCUCCGAGUCACCGAAAUCUGGUCAAGGACUUAGCGUAGACCCGAAAUUAGCAAUAGCAAAAGCCAAAGAGAGCCUGGAUCGUGAGCGGCGGAGGAGAUAGGAUCUGCAGAGCAAGCAACGCCGAAGUACAAAUGUAUCAAUCGAAACUGUAACAGAAUCUGUAACUUGGAACGGGUACAAAGCACUUCCCUUGGAUGAGCACGCAGCUAGGACACGUUGAAUUCAGCGCCCGCCACACAAGCAAUUAGUUAGGCGACCGAGGGUCCAGAGAAGGGAGUCCAGGAGACCAUCCCACCAUUCAAACAGCAUACAUUUUCUAUACGAAACGGCCUGUCGAGCGUAGUGGCAGCAGCACGCGAAAGCGUCCAUAAAUCUAGUUAGCAUGGAGUGCUGUUUAUCGGAGGAGGCCAAGGAACAAAAGCGCAUCAAUCAGGAAAUCGAAAAGCAGUUGCGCCGGGACAAGAGAGAUGCGCGCCGCGAGCUUAAACUGUUGCUGCUGGGCACGGGCGAGUCCGGCAAGUCAACGUUCAUCAAACAGAUGCGUAUUAUCCACGGCAGCGGCUACUCGGACGAGGACAAGCGUGGGUACAUCAAGCUGGUUUUCCAGAACAUAUUCAUGGCCAUGCAGUCAAUGAUCAAGGCAAUGGACAUGCUGAAGAUUUCCUAUGGUCAGGGAGAGCAUAGCGAGCUGGCCGAUCUGGUGAUGAGCAUCGAUUACGAGACCGUUACCACGUUCGAGGAUCCCUACUUGAAUGCCAUCAAAACGCUAUGGGACGAUGCUGGCAUCCAGGAGUGCUACGAUCGUCGUAGGGAAUAUCAGCUGACUGAUUCAGCCAAAUAUUAUCUGAAGGAUCUCGAUCGUGUGGCUCAACCUGCAUAUUUACCCACUGAGCAAGACAUUUUAAGAGUUCGUGUGCCGACAACAGGGAUAAUCGAGUAUCCCUUUGAUUUAGAAGAAAUCAGAUUUAGAAUGGUGGACGUCGGAGGUCAGCGAUCCGAGAGAAGAAAGUGGAUCCAUUGUUUUGAGAAUGUGACAUCAAUUAUAUUUUUGGUAGCGCUAUCGGAAUACGAUCAAAUCUUGUUUGAAUCUGAUAAUGAGAAUCGAAUGGAGGAAUCUAAAGCUUUAUUUCGUACUAUAAUUACAUACCCAUGGUUCCAAAAUUCGUCCGUUAUUCUUUUCCUGAAUAAGAAGGACUUGUUGGAGGAGAAAAUAAUGUAUUCGCAUUUGGUAGACUAUUUUCCUGAAUACGAUGGUCCUCAGCGAGAUGCAAUAGCGGCCCGAGAAUUCAUACUGCGAAUGUUUGUAGAUUUAAAUCCAGAUUCCGAAAAAAUUAUCUAUUCUCAUUUCACCUGUGCUACAGAUACGGAAAAUAUUAGGUUUGUGUUUGCAGCUGUUAAGGACACAAUUCUGCAAUCGAACCUUAAGGAAUAUAAUUUGGUCUAAACUGGAUUUGGAUCGAAAAACUAUUUUUGUGAUUUUUAUACAAACACACAUACACAUUCAUAUAAUUCCUUUUUCGCAUAUUUACUAAAUAUAAAAGAAGAAUUGAGAAGCGAGCGAAUGUGGCCGAAAAUUAGGCAUUAAUUAGACCCGAGAAAGUUUCUUACGUUUGUAACAUCAGGAACCGAAAAUUGUAGCAUAAAUAGAAUACUAAACUGAGAUGGUAAUGCAGCAUCAAGAAGA